AUGGCCGAGGUUCUCGGGGUAGUUGCCAGCGCCAUCGCAGUGGGGCAGGCCACAGGUCAGGCUGCAAAAUCAGUCCUGAAGCUCAAACAACUGUGGGAUCAGAUUGAGAACGCUCCUCAGCGCUUCGAUGAUCUCUUAUCCAAGUUGGAGAUCCUGGACGCGCUUCUCAAGGACGUGGACAGACAGUUCGCCGAACCCAGCUUACCUGCCGGCUUUUGGGACAGGAGUCUUGCACAACAGACCUUCAAGCUCUGCCGAAGUGUGUCUACGCAGCUGGAGAGCUUGUGCAUCACCUUAAAUGAUCAAAUCCGCUCGCCGAAAAAGUCUAAACGGGUCAGAGGGGCAAUCAAGGUCGUCGUCGACGACGACUACCUCAAGGCUCUGGAAGCCAAGUUAGAGUCAGCAUUUUCGCUUCUUCAAAUGGCACAUCAAUGCUACCUCGGGUGA